CUAUGAUAACGGAGCGCGCGUGCUCUGCUCGUUCAGCUAGACGCUUCAAGCAAACCAGGAAGUGUUUACGCGAACAUGACAAACGCCAAAUACAGGGUUUAAACAUGGCAAACGAGGUCCGAUAUUGUGAGAGGUGCUCGUACGUCUUUCUCAAGUUCUUUUUAAUCGUAUAUGCAACGCUUUUCUGGUUGAUAGGUGGGUUUAUUCUGGCCAUCGGCAUUUAUGCAGAAGUGGAAAGGCAACGCUACAAAACCCUAGAUGGAGUGUUUCUCGCUCCUGCUAUUAUUCUUAUUGUCCUGGGUGUGUUCAUGUUCAUCGUCUCCUUUAUUGGUGUCCUGGCAUCACUCAGAGACAAUUUGUGCCUUCUCAGAGUGUUUCUGUACACUCUGGCUAUUUGUCUGGUUUUGGAACUUGUCGGUGGGAUUGUUGCUCUGCUAUUUAAGAACAAGACAGAGGAGCUUGUCAAUAAAAAUAUCCGUAAAGGCAUGGUGAAUUACUACGAUGACCUUGAUUUUAAGAACAUAAUGGACUUUGUUCAAGAAACGUUCAAAUGUUGUGGGGGAAAUGAUUACAAAGACUGGGAGGUUAACAUGUAUCAUAACUGCACUGCUCCUGGACCUUUAGCCUGUGGAGUUCCUUAUACCUGCUGUUUGAACAAGCCUUCUGAAGUUGUUAAUACGAUGUGUGGAUACAACGUCCUAAUGAAAGAGCGGCUAGAUAAUACAGAGAUCAUUCACAUACGUGGUUGCACCAGAGCCGUCUUUAUUUGGUUAUUGGACAACUACAAAAGUAUGGCUGGACUUCUUCUUGGUAUCUUACUGCCUCAGUUUUUUGGUGUGCUCGUAACCUUGCUGUACAUCACUCGUGUGGAAGAUGCCAUUGAAGAAUAUGGAAACUACAUGGAUGGUCUUCUAGAUGGAUCAAUGGGGGCCAAGCGCCAGAGCAAGCUGGCAAAAUGCUGCAAGUGCAUGCCUCUGAUUGAUUAAGUGCUGUUACUUUUAUAAUUUUAGAAACACUGGCACAAGCAAGUCAUUAGUACUUUAAACAUUUACACUCAUAGUUUAUUGUUUAUAAGUGACACUGUAAAAAUGGACGGUACAGUAAAGUGAAUUUAAAAUGCACUGACGUUAGAACGGACUACUUUUAUUCUCUCAGGAAUAUUCUGCUACAGUAUAUCAGGCCUUACCUACACUGAAGAUGCCAUAUAUUGACUCGGUUUUGUAACUACGUGUUGAAUCUCAAAGUAUCUUUUGCAAAGAUUAGCAUUACUUGAGAGAACGAUGAGCUGUAUUUUUAAAGUACAUUCAUCACAAAAUGAGUGCUGUUUUCUUUUAUUUAUAAUACAUUGUGUCUAAUAACUGAAUAAAGUCUGAUUAAAGUUAAUGCUUAUAAGGUAAAAGUUUUUUUUUAAUUUACGUUUUCUACAAUAAUGGUAAACAUUAUUACCUCAUUGUCUACUACUACUCAUGGGGUAUUAAAUAUUGACAGGGUUUGCUCCUCUUAGUUUUAAUGAAGAUAUUUUUCAUUUUACAUUUUAGUUUUGAAUGUUUAUGACAUAGUUUACAGAAUGACUUAAUAUAAUGUUAGCAUUUUAUUUAUGCCUUUUUUCAAUAUUAACAUUUGUCUGACAGAGCUGGAUGUAUGUGUCUCUGUAUCUCUGUGUGUCUUGAAUAACUUUUCUAUUGUUGACAAAUGAUGAUGGCAUUGUAUGUUGCUUUAUUUUCUAUUGUCUUAAGGCUGGUGUUUUUUAUCUAUAAAUGUGGGUGUCAGGAAAGUAAUCUGAUUACUACUUCUACUUAAGUUUUUAUGCAACAUGCACUGAAUAUUGCAUUACCUCCCAUGUACGCAUGCAGUGAGAGAUAAUUAUAAUUUUAAUGUUAUGAUGAUUUUGAAAGUGUGGUGGUGCUAAUAUUUCUAUUUGGUUUUGGGUUUUUUCUCAGGUCUUUAUGAUUUCGGUUUGUUUGUGUUGAACUCUCUGUUAAAGACUGAAUGUUCUGCUAAAUAAAUGAUUUUUUCAGAGUUA